AGGAGCUGCAGCAGCCGCCGCCCCUGCACCUAAGGAACCUCGGCUGCCAGCCCUUCCUCACUUUUGGAAAUGGCGGGUGAAAUUACAGAGACCGGGGAACUCUAUUCUUCCUACGUUGGGCUGGUGUACAUGUUUAACCUCAUCGUGGGCACGGGUGCGCUCACCAUGCCCAAGGCCUUCGCCACCGCCGGGUGGCUCGUCAGCCUCAUCCUGCUGGUGUUCCUGGGCUUCAUGAGCUUCGUGACCACCACCUUUGUGAUAGAGGCCAUGGCCGCAGCCAACGCGCAGCUCCGCUGGAAGAGGAUGGAGAACCUCAAGGAGGAGGAAGAUGACGACUCCUCCACAGCCUCAGACAGCGAUGUUCUCAUCCGGGACAACUACGAGCGGGCAGAGAAGCGGCCCAUCCUGUCUGUGCAGAAACGUGGAUCUCCCAACCCAUUUGAAAUCACAGACCGGGUGGAAAUGGGACAAAUGGCCUCCAUGUUCUUCAAUAAAGUGGGGGUCAACUUGUUCUAUUUCUGCAUCAUCGUUUACCUGUAUGGGGACCUUGCCAUCUAUGCUGCUGCCGUGCCCUUCUCCCUCAUGCAGGUGACCUGCAGCGCCGCUGGCAACGACUCCUGCGGUGUGGAAGCAGACACCAAAUACAAUGACACCGACCGGUGCUGGGGGCCCCUGCGCCGAGUGGACGCCUACCGCAUCUACUUGGCAAUCUUCACUCUCCUCCUCGGACCAUUCACCUUCUUUGACGUCCAGAAGACCAAGUACCUGCAGAUCCUGACCUCUCUGAUGAGAUGGAUCGCUUUCGCCGUCAUGAUUGUGCUGGCCCUGGUCCGCAUCGGGCAUGGACAAGGGGAGGGGCACCCGCCCCUGGCCGACUUCUCGGGGGUCCGGAACCUGUUUGGGGUGUGCGUCUACUCCUUCAUGUGCCAGCACUCCCUGCCGUCCCUCAUUACCCCAGUCUCCUCCAAGCGCCACCUCACAAGGCUGGUGUUCCUGGACUACGUGCUGAUCCUGGCCUUCUACGGCCUCCUCUCUUUCACCGCCAUCUUCUGCUUCCGCGGCGACAGCCUCAUGGACAUGUACACCCUCAACUUCGCACGCUGUGACGUCGUGCGCCUGGCCGCUGUGCGCUUCUUCCUGGGCCUCUUCCCCGUCUUCACCAUUAGCACCAACUUCCCCAUCAUUGCCGUGACCCUGCGCAACAACUGGAAGACGCUCUUCCACCGCGAGGGCGGCACGUACCCGUGGGUGGUGGACCGCGUCGUGUUUCCCACCAUCACCCUGGUGCCGCCUGUGCUGGUGGCCUUCUGCACCCACGACCUGGAGUCGCUGGUGGGCAUCACAGGGGCCUAUGCGGGCACCGGCAUCCAGUACGUCAUCCCCGCCUUCCUGGUGUACCACUGCCGCAGGGACACCCAGCUGGCCUUUGGCUGUGGGGUCAGCAACAAGCACAGGUCCCCUUUCCGCCACACCUUCUGGGUGGGCUUCGUGCUGCUCUGGGCUUUCUCCUGCUUCAUCUUUGUCACGGCCAAUAUCGUCCUCAGCGAGACCAAGCUCUGAUGACAGGACAGGCAGGUCUAGUGACGGGAGGCAGAGGGCUGGGGCCCCACCCCUCGCCCGCAGAGCCCAGAUUUAGUUGCUCCCAGGUCUUCAUGGGGCAGGUGGGACUGCGGCUCUAGGGGAAACCCCCUGUCCAGCUGGGGGUCUUCUCCCCACCCCACCUUCCACCCAGUCCGCACCUGUCCUCACUCCCCCAGGCGGCUGUCCCACCAGGUCCUCCUGCCUGGGUGACACAUGGCUGCUCCCAAGUUCUAGGACUCAUUACUGGAAUCACACCCCUCUCCUACAUCUUCCAACAUGUUCACCCCCCACCCCACCUCCACGGCGGGCUCCUCCCUGCACGGUGGGAGAUGCGGUGCUGGCACUGCCAUCAUUUGUCCCAGACCCAUGCCCCUCCCCUCUCCAGCCCUGUCCUGCGUCCUUGUCUAAGAAACCUUCACUAGCAACUGCUGCCUCUUCAGAGGCGAAUCCCAGGCUGGAAGCAUCCUAGCCAGGCCUGCCUGUGACAGCAGGGCCCACCCUCCCACCAGGCCUGGGAGGCGCUAGGUGCCACCUCAGAGAGGGCCUGGCUGGCCCCAUGACAAGAACAAGAAGUGCUAACUGGUACCAGAGUCCCCAGAUAGAGCUGCGAGGGCUCUCGCUGUGGGCGCAAGCUCCAGAGUAGCAGGCUGGAUGGAGUGUCCCUUCUAUAGGGACACAGCCGCCUGCCAGCUGGGCCUAAAGUCUGGAGCUUGUCCCUGAAAGGGACUGUCUGCUGCCCUCGCUGCCCCGUUGGCGCCCUCAGGGCCUCUCGCAGUGCGGGUGGUCCUACUAGAGGGCAGCCAUCCCCACCUGGCACCUCAGUGGCUUGGCAGUGACAUGGCAGUGGGAGGGCUCUGAGGUUCCCACCCUGACAGUGGUCAGGCUGCCCGUGCUCCCAUUCCAACGCUAAAGGCAGCUCCCUUAGGGGCUGGGUGUGGGUGCUCAGUGUUCACGCUAUGUCCCUUGGGCAAUGUGGGGUUGGAUGGGGCCCCCACUGCCGUUCCCAUGGAAGGAGGCCAGGUCCCUAGCCACCUCCCACUCAGCCAUGCACGCACUUGCUGGGCUGGCCUCCUAGGAAACACAGGUGACUCGAAUGAACUCUGUAUUUUCAACGUGCCUUCUACUGCUUCAGGACCUGGGGGUCCCCCUGACCCUCACUGGCUUGCCCCCAGCCCUGGGCCUGGUCCCGCCUGUCCUAGAGCCGCCUCUCUGGGGUGGGUCUCAGGCCCGACCCCUCCCUCUUUUGAGUUCAGUGCCUUGCUCAGCGCCUCCCCUGUAUCUCAGCGUCUUCAGACCUCUGACAGAGCGACGAUGUAGGGUCUCCUGGGGCCCAAGGGUCUCAGGGUCAGGGGGAUGUGGGAUUUGCAGGGAACGCGGGGAGUCCACAGGCUGCGCCACCUCUGCCCUGGCAGCUGAAGCCUGGGAGAGUCCCUGUGCGGUGUCAUUGGCCUCAGCCCGCUUUCUCUCUGCCGACGCACCUCGGCGGUUCUCACAGCUUGUCCCCACGUGUCAUUUUCCAUCCACGGGGAAAAAAAAAUGCCCCUUCUCCAUCUGCCAUUGCGGCUUCCUCCCAGGAGACCCCUCAGGAUGGGUAGAGCAGGGGCCUGCAGUGGUCAGGCCAAGAGCAAGGAAGACCUGGCUGCACCCCUGUGGCUGAAAACUCAAAACAUCUGGAAUUACCCUUCUCCAGUUAUGUUCCCUCUUGCUUAAAGACAAAGUUGAUUAAAUCAUCCUGCCACCCCAGACUCCAAACCAAA